AUGAAUAUUAAGGUUGAUGUGGCUUACUUGAAACCUGAAGAACAGAAUAUGCAGACAGUCAUUUUGGCAACACCUGGGUCUGUCAGAUGCCAAGAGGUUCAGCAGCCUAGGGCAUCUGCCACAUCAGCUGCAUCUGGAAGUAUGUCUGAUCCACAGACAGAAGAACUCAAGGCUCAUAAAGAGAAAAUCUUUCUAUCAAUUAUUACAGAUUCUUUCCACACCACAAAGCCACAGUCCAUUGAAGAGUGGAAUUGGUUUAAGGAAUUCACAAAAGAAAUGAAGGUUGCCAUUACUGGUGUCUGUGAAGGAAGUUUGGUGAUAACCGUGAAGUGUGAAUCUCUAAUGAUCUUGGAGGACUUGUGGACAGAUUACUUAUCUGGUCGUCUUGGUGAAGUGGUUCAGAAUUGUUUUGUGACUGAAAAGAUCCUGAAGGAACUGAACUUGGCUGAGCUGAGGCUGAAGACAACAUUAGACAUAGAAGAGUACAAUGCAUGCAAAAUGUUCUUUGAGAAAGAUGCUCUUAGAGUUGCUUUAUCCUCUGAAUUCCACUCCACAAGUUCAACCAGUGAAAGUCCACAAAAAAAAGAACAAUGGGAAAAAAGUGAACAGAAGACAAAGAUUAUGGAGACAGUGGAAUUGGAAGGUACUUCACCCCUCACUGUAGUACCCACCACUGGUCAUGGAAAAGAACUAGAAGAGCCUUGGGGAAGGAAAGAGGCAGUUGGUGGAGUUCUCAGGUUUGCAGAGAGAGAUCAUGAAUCGAAGGCUCCAGUUUAG